CGGCAUUGCUUCGACUGUACUCACUCUCUCUCUCACUCUGCACUGUAGCUCUCCCACCAAAACCUAACGCAAAUCUAACCAUUAAUUUAUCAUUAUUAGUAUUCCGUUUGCUUCCUUUGUAAUUAUUCUACAAUCUUUACUUAUUUCACCGAUUCUCUGUAAAUCCAAUCGACGGAUGUUGUUGAAAUGCAGCAAUUGCAGCCGAAAAAUCCAGCCAUGACUUUCGACGAGGUCUCCACGGAGAGAAGCAUGAGCUUCGUCAAGGCUCUGCAGGAAUUAAAGACCUUACGGCCACAACUUUAUUCUGCUGCUGAAUAUUGUGAAAAAUCUUAUCUUCAUAGUGAGCAAAAACAAAUGGUCCUUGACAACCUGAAGGAUUAUGCAGUACGAGCCCUAGUAAAUGCUGUUGAUCACCUUGGCACGGUUGCUUACAAAUUGAAUGAUAUCUUUGAGCAACAAGUAUCAGAUGUUUCAACUUUGGACCAAAAGCUUUCAUGUCUGAAUCAGAAAAUUCUUACUUGCCAAAUUUACACGGAUAAAGAAGGUCUCAAGCAGCAGCAGUUGUUGACAUUCAUCCGAAGGCAUCACAAACAUUAUAUUUUACCAAAAUCAAUCAACAAGAAAGUGCAGUUUAGUCCACAGAUACAGACAGAUGCCAGGCAAAAGCAUAUUCUAGGAGCAAGGCCUCGUAUUAAUCCUUCAGGCACCCCUGCAUCAAAAACUCUUUCCUGGCAUUUAGCCUCAGAAACAGAUUCUACCUUGAAUGGGACUCAAAAUGCAUUGAUGGGCAUUAAAGACCCAAAAGCUACUGGGACAACUCUGGGAGUCUUCCAACUGUUGGAUUCUGAUGAAGCUGUCUCAUUAAAAUCCUCAGCCCCUCAUCUUCAGACAGCUAGUGGAUCUCCUGCUUCUAGUGCAGUUCUGCAAACAUUUGGUGUCACACGAAGGGAUUCUUUGGAAGUAUCCAAACAGUUGACAGCAUUCAGGUCUUUUGACAACCUGGGACGGCGUGACAUUGUACGUCCCCCCAUUCGCAGCAAAAGCAUGCUAUCAGCGUUCUUCACCAAACACAAAUCAACAAAGCUGUAGCGUUGUAUGUUGGCCAUUCUACCCUGUGUAAUUUCACAUAUGUUGGGCAUUUCUUUCGACUAAUUAAUUGGUGGUAUCUAUAUGUUUGUGAUUGGUGGAGCAUUUCACCGGUGGGCCAUUGUCUGAAUAUCAUUAAAUUCAGGUGGUCCUCUACUCUAGUUAUGGUGAACUCGCUGGCAUAAGUAAACAAUGUACAAGGAAGUUUACUCCUGCGGUUCAGGAUUGUCUAAAAUAAGUAGCUCCGCCCAGAUGAUCAUGAUCUUGACUGAAUUAACCUAACAGAUGGGCUUUUCCUCUUUUUUGGAAUCUCUCUCUCUCUCUCUCUCUCAAAAUUGUGGUAACAUUUGGUUCUGUAAUUUUUGGGUUCAUGUAUAGCAGGUGUUGUGGAUGGAUUCCAAGUGAUGACUAAAUUACUGGAUCAAAAGCUACAGUUUUACAUUUACAU